AUGGUGCUCAAUCGGCGUAAGAGGAAAAACGCAGAGGAAGUGUUUCAAACUUCGGCAAGAACCGAAAACAAGUGGAAAAAACGGCGUGAAGAAGUAAUGAAAGCAAAUUCAACCAGUAUCCCUGAAAAUAAGGACCCUGAAGUAACAAAAGUAGUCGCAUUGGAUUGUGAAUUUGUCGGCGCGGGCAGUAGUGGAGCGAAAAGUAUCCUAGCCAGAGUUUCCAUUGUUAAUUCAAAGGCUGAGUGUAUCUACGAUAAAUAUGUUAGGCCUACGGAACGUAUUACAGAUUUCCGGACUGAAUUCAGUGGUAUACGGCCGGCUAAUUUAGUAAAUAGUGAACCUUUUAAAAAGGUGCAGCUAGAAGUGAGAAAACUAAUAGCCGGACGCACCGUUGUUGGCCACGCUCUGCAAAAUGACUUCAAGGUCCUUAAUAUACUGCACCCUCGCAGGUUAACUCGAGAUACUUCAAAGUAUAUGGAAUUCAAAAAGACAGUAAAUAAAAAGUCUCCUUCGCUGAAGUCGCUCGCAGAGAAAAUCUUGGGGAUCAACAUUCAAAAUGGCGAGCACAACUCGGUCUGCGACCCAGUAACUUCUUUCGCAUUUUUUCUGCUGCAGCCUUGCAAACGUUUGAACCAUGUCAUUGAUGCACAGGUGGCGAUGAGACUGUACCAAAUUUAUCGAAAAAAAUGGGAGGAUGACCUUCGGAAGUUUUAA